CAAGAACCUGAAAAAAGACACGCAUUUAAUGUCUUAAAAAAUCUGAAACGCACAGUGGUGUCAGACUGGUUUUGGCGGAGUUAUUGGAAAAGUACCACAAAUGAAUAAUGCAAAUGGAAAAAAUACUGUUCUUAAAAUUUUUGAGGAUAAAGAUGAAAAUGGAUUGCUUGGAAUCGCAACUAAUAAUUGUGAUCUUGCUCAAAAAGGCUUAAAUAAAAAAAAUACAGUUAAACCUGGACCCUGGACCAAACCUAAAAAGACUCGAUCAAAAGUUCCUAAACCUGUACCAACUAUUGAUUUUGAAGGACAUUUUAAGAAUCCUAGUCCCUAUGGCUUAACCAGUUUAGAAGUAAAAAUGAUUGAAGAUAAGUUACAUGAUGAGGGUAUUGUGCUAUUCAUAAAUCCUUUAUUUUAUGAAACAAUGGUUUCCUUUAAUGCCCGCCUCAAUUCAUUUAAUAGAUGUGUGAUAUUAUUGCAACUAGAUAUUAAUGCAGUAUGCAAAGCUGGAUUUUUUUAUUCGGGCAAUGGUUAUACUGAUAGUUUGACUUGUUUCUAUUGUGGUGUUACUACCUUUCAAUGUUAUGAAGACUUUGAACCAUGGGAAGUACAUGCCGAAAUAUCGAAAACUUGUAAUUAUUUGUUUUUAAUGAAAGGCAAAAGCUUUUGCGACAGGGUGAAUGCCUUGAAAAGCGAUGAAAUAAAAUCCAAUCAACUGGAAUUAUUCAAGUUGAUUGUUGCGAAGAAAAAUAAACUCACUCUCAAAUCAAAAAUGAGUAUACAAUCAACAAAAAAGCAUUUUAAGGAGAUAAAAAUUACCAAAAUAUUAUCUGAUAAAAUUGAGGAGCAUCUUUUUCAAAAACUAGCACCUAAUUUAUUGCCAGAUAACAUGUUAUGCAAAAUUUGCUAUAGGGAAGAAAUCGAAAUUGCUAUUGUCCCUUGCGGUCAUGCUAUUGCCUGCAUUGAAUGUGCUUUAUCGUGUGAUUAUUGUUCUAUGUGUAGAAUGGCAUGCACAAGAUUAAUGAGAAUACAUUUAUGUAUGAAUAAAGAAAGUGAUGAAAAUCUCAAACUAAAACCGAGCACUUCAAAAAUGUCUUCAGGCGAUGAAUUGAACCCAAAGCUUUGCAAAGUUUGUCUUAAAGAAGAAAUGUCAACAGUAUUUUUACCUUGUAGACAUGUCUAUUAUACCUGUGUCAAAUGUGCAGAAGAAACGAGUGAGUGCCUUGUUUGUAGAGAAAAUGUCUAUUCUUUUAUUAAAAUAUACUUAUAAGCUUUACAUAAUACAUAUGUUUUUUAUUUUUGAGACUUAUGUCUACUAAUAAAAUGACACAUUCUUAAUAAUAAACAAAGUACAAAAUAAUAACAAUACAACUUAAAGAGUUUCAUAAUUGUAAAAUAAAUAUUUAUUAUCUGUAUUUUUAUUAUUAAUAGUCCUCAUUAUUGUAUGUCUGACUAGAAAUACCUUAUUGUUUUUAGGUAAGUGUUAACAUUUAAUGCAUUAAUGAAUCAUUUUAUAUAACUUAUUGUUUUAGUUUUUUAAGUAUUAAUUUAACUUGUGUAUUAUAUUUUUUUUUGUGGUGGUCGAAGUCGGUUAAAUGAAUGGUCCAAGUAUACUUUCUAAAAUAUACCUAAUUGAGAUAUUUUUGAAAUAUAAAUAUAUUUCUUGGGUGUGAUAGAACACUAUUUCUUAAUUUUAAAAAUUUUUACACUGACUUGAACCACACUUUAAUUAUAUGUAGA